AUGCUCCGGGCGAGAGCGUCAGACAGUGUCGACACCCUAAGCAACCUGGACGAUAGCAACGAACGCCGACGAAAGGCUAUUGAAAGCAUACUGUUUUCCCGACGAUUCAUCAUAAUCUAUAACAUCGUACUUCUGGGACUAUUGGCAUGUUUCACGGCUUGGUAUUGGGGCUGCAGAAUCAGUAGACUUCGACGACGUAGACGUGCAUCUACACAUUCGCCAUCUACUCAGCCUGCUACCUCAAACCUGGUUCGCAAAGCUAACAAUGGAGGCGAAACAACACCACUUCUCGAUCAAGGAAGACCCAAGGUUAACCGUCCUGCGAUGGUCUUGGCGGAUGCUCAAAUCCGGGCUUGGUGGAUGUAUCAGCCGUCCAACAUACCAUACAUCCACAAAGUUCUUCCUUCGAAUGCCACCGCUGUGGGCGUCCUGCUCCUGCUUGGUAUCAACUUGUUCUUCCUACUGUACAAAGCCGAGCUUUCGAUAGCCAAUGCGUUCGUCUUCGCCGACAGAGCUGGCCUACUGUUUGUAGCCAACUUACCCUUGCUAUACCUCCUUGCAGCGAAGAAUCAGCCAAUCAAGAUACUUACUAAUGCGUCGUAUGAGAGCCUGAACAUCUUCCAUCGCCGACUAGGUGAAUGGAUGUGUUUGCUUGCAGUCUUACACGCUGGUAGCAUGGUCUUGGUGUGGUAUAUCACACUUUCAAGCCGACUCAGCUUUUCAAGGUUCCUUGCCCUACCCAUCAUUUGGCUUGGGCUCCUCGCUUUCAUCUCCUAUGAGACGCUAUAUCUAUCCUCGCUUGGCUCAUUCAGGCAACGGUGGUACGAAUUGUUCCUCGGGCUCCAUAUCGUUCUCCAAACCGCGGCGCUCGCUUUCCUGUGGUUCCAUCACCACAAUAGCCAGCCUUAUGUGCUGGCAGCCUUGUUCAUCUUCGCCAUCGAUCGCUUCGUCUUCAGGUUGAUACUCAAGUCUAGGACACUCAAAGCUGAUCUGUCCAUCUUGGAAGACGGAGAGACAGUGAUGUUAAGUUCGAAUUGGCAAUUGACCAACUCUUCCUGGUGGAAAUCGUGGGGCAUCAAUGAUGGUUGGAAGCCCACCGAGCACGUCUUCCUCACCGUACCGGCCCUGUCUCACAAACACUUCGUUCAAGCACAUCCUUUUACCAUCGCUUCUGCUGCCCCGACUAGUGCCGACUCGCAUGCCUGGCUCAACUUCCUGAUACGAGCUCAGGACGGCUUCUCACGAGAUCUCCUUCGCUACGCAAAGUUCCACAGCUCUGUAAACAUCCGCGUCGAUGGGCCCUAUGGAUCUUCGCACGCUCUGGAAGUACUCAACGACAACGAUGUUGCCGUUGUAGUGGCCGGUGGCUCAGGCAUCGCAGUAGCAUUCCCUCUCGUCUGGAGUCUGCUUAACGCAUCGACACAAGCUCCUGAGCCAGAGAGCAAUAGAUAUGCAAAGCCUCGUGUAUCCCUGAUAUGGGUGAUUCACGACCAAGAGCAUAUCAGCUGGAUUCCUCAAGACCGACUUGAUGAGCUACGUGACCUUGGCUGCAAGGUCAUCGUUCCUCCGCCCACACGCAAAGCGGGCAGGCCCGAUCUGCCAGACCUUCUUGAGACAGCUGUGAAUGCAUGGAAUGACGAGGUCCAAGACCCUACCGUCGGUGUAGUCGUGGCUGGACCCGACACUAUGAACAGGACCUGCAGAAAUGUAUGCGCGAGCCUGGUGAGUAGAGGUGCUCGGCUGGAGGUUUCGGUAGAGAAAUUUGGUUGGUGA